AAAAAGCAAAAUAAAACAUACAACAGCCGGUGUUCGCCAGUGGUCACCCACCUGACUACUAAUCUGCCGGUUAAUGGCUUGUCUAUGGGGGAGCAGACGGGACCCCGAAUUUUCCAUUACCUAUGGUCGUAUGUGCUAAGAAAGUGUUUA